ACGAGCCUCACGAGGCGCGCUCCUGCAGGUGAACACAAGUCAGGUGCUUGUGGAUCUAUUUUAUUUAAUUUUCUUUUCUUUUCUUUGUACUCACCCACGGCCCCGCGUUUAGGAUACCCUAAACUAUUGUACCAGCCGUCGAAGCGAGGGACCUCCCAUGGUAUUUCACAAAGUGAACCUGUUGAAAUGAUUUCCAAUCAGAAUCUCCCAAAAAUAUAUACAGUAUAUAUUUGAUCAUGAGAAGAGGAGUCAGGCUUACCAGGUGCGGAGCUUGAAAGUGCAGAUGAGAGAUGGUGCGACCGAAGCCACAUCCUCUUCCUUGUGCGUAUAAAAAAGGGGCAUGUCUCCUCAUGAGUCACACUCCGUCCUCUUCCAAGGUUUAGCCACAAGAACCGGAGCUAAGAUGACUUUCUACGAUGACAUUUACCCUUUCUACCCUCUACAAAGGACCUCCUUCAUCUUCAGUAGUCACCUGCUCACUGUCAUUGUGUUUUUCCUCGUGCCCACGCUCAGUGUGCUUCUUAUCCUGCCUGGAAUUCGGGGAAAGUCAAGGCUUUUCUGGAUGCUGAGGAUCAUUUUGAGCUUGUUUGUAGGUGCUGUAAUUGUGGCACUCAACUUUACUGACAACUGGGCCGAGGCCCGGAUGACCACAAAUGCCACCUACAAGUCUUUCAGCAAUGCAGUGGUUCAUGCGGAGAUUGGCUUACAUGUCGGACUGUACGGCAUUAAUGUUACACUAAAAGGGAAUCCUGUCGUCCAGUUCAACGAGACAAUUGACUACAACGAGAUGUUUACCUGGCGUGACGACAUUGAGGAGGAGUACGAGGAAGCCUUGCAGAAAGGUCUACCUAACCCCAUCCUGUACAUUGCAGAGAAGUUCACUCUGCGCAGCCCGUGCGGCCUCAUUUUCCAUUACAGACAGUCAGGACGAUACGCGUCUGCCACGCUCUGGACUGCGUUUUGCUGUUGGAUGCUGGCCAACAUCCUUUUCUCAAUGCCGGUCAUUUUGUACGCCGGCUACAUGAUGUUGGCUACAGCCACCUUCAUCUUCACCUCCAUGGCCGCCUUCAGCGCAAUCACGCUUGCACCACAGUGUGUUUUCUCCAUCGGAACAGCCUCCUUUGAAACUCAAUACAGCCUUUCUUUCUGGCUUGCUCUCGCCACCGGUUUGCUGUGCGCCGUCAUCGGGCUUCUUGUGGUGAUACUGAGCUUCAUGUUGCCUGAGAAGAUGAAAGAGGCUUUCAGCGAUUGUGUUGACAGUUGUGAAGAUGAAGACAUUUCUAAUGGGGAGACUUAUCUGAAUCCAGCCUUCCUUGAUGAAAUAACGGUUUUACCACACUCGUCCACAAGGGUCACCGAGGUCAGUGAUCAUAUAUGAGUCCCUCUCUGCAACUUUUCCGGUCAAUACUUGAAGAUCUGAAUGAGUUACAGAGGCAUUGUUUAUUAUUCAUAUUUGUAUGUUUUGUGUGAUUAGGCGUACUGGUAAUCACAAUAUUUUGUAUGGGAUCCAUACACCGUAGUGUAAAUGAACACAUAUUUAUUAUAACUAGUCUGACAUUGACCUACAUUAUUAUUUUUACUGGACUUUCUGUAGGGCAACAUGUUAAAAUAAAAGUCAACAACAAUC